UAAAUGAGACGGAGUAACAAUGUUACAGAAUUUGUUCUCCUAGGCCUCACCGAGGAUCCUGAUGUACAAAAAACAUUAUUUGUCAUGAUUUUACUCAUAUACAUUGUGACCAUGGUGGGGAACCUCCUCAUUGUGGUGACUACCAUUGGCAGCCCCUCCUUGGGCUCCCCAAUUUACUUCUUCCUUGCCUCCUUGUCACUUAUGGAUGCCAUAUAUUCCACUGCCAUGUCACCCAAAUUGAUGACAGACUUACUCUGUGAUAAAAACACUAUUUCCUUGUCAGCUUGCAUGGGCCAGCUCUUCAUAGAACACUUACUUGGUGGUGCUGAGGUCUUCCUUCUGGUGGUGAGCUAUGAUCGCUAUGUGGCCAUCUCUAAGCCACUGCACUAUUUGACCAUCAUGAAUCGACAGGUUUGCAUCCUUCUGUUGGUAUUGGCCAUGGUUGGAGGUUUUCUGCAUUCUGUGGUUCAAAUUGUCUUUGUGUACAAUCUACCAUUCUGUGGCCCCAAUGUCAUUGACCACUAUGUCUGUGACAUGUACCCAUUAUUAGAACUGGCGUGCACUGACACCUACUUUCUAGGCCUCACCGUGGUUGCCAAUGGUGGAACAAUUUGUAUGGUCGUCUUCACCUUUCUGCUAAUCUCCUAUGGGGUCAUCCUAAACUCCCUUAAAACUUAUAGUCAGGAAGGAAGGUGUAAAGCCCUGUCUACCUGUAUCUCCCACAUCAUCGUGGUUGUCCUCUUUUUUGUUCCCUGUAUUUUCAUGUAUGUUAGACCUGUUUCCAACUUUCCCUUUGAUAAAUUCUUAACUGUGUUUUAUACAAUUAUUACACCCAUGUUGAAUCCAUUAAUAUAUACAUUGAGAAAUUCAGAGAUGAAAAAUGCUAUGAAAAAACUCUGGUGUAAAAAUUUAAGUGUAGUUAGAAUAAGAUUAUCUCCCACACUGAACAUGUUUGUUACUAGUUCUAAGGCAACAAAUAGGCAGUAA